AGAGGCUUGGGCCCUAAUAUUUGUGUAACCAGGCCAUGUAUUCAACAUGGCGGCCGUGUAAGAUUUUAUUCAUUGUCAUUUUCAAAUCAUAAAAAGCGAAAGAUGCCUCGAAAAAAGAAACCAGGACCAAAGCCAAAAUCCGAGGUAGCCAAACUUGACAAUGAAAGCCCACCAAAAGAUAGCAAAACAAAACCCUCAGACAAUGAACCAAAAGACGAUCCAGUGGCCGAACAGCCCGUUAUGCCAAUCAAACGACCCAGGGGAAGGCCAAGCAAGAAAUGGCAGGCGCAGUUCCUCGGAAAGGUGUUUCCAGAGCCUGUGAAAAGCGCUAAAAAGGAAAGAAAACCAAGGGAGAAAAAAGAGAAACCAAAGGAGAAACAAGAAAAGAAGCCAAAGAAAGCUUCUUCAGAGAAAAAAGAACCAGAAGAGGUAACUGCAAAAGACCAAGCUCCUACCCCUCAGGCCUCUCUGGAGGAAGUGGAGCCACCCAAGGAUAUACCCCCUCUUCCACCGCCUGUUCCCAAGGAAAAACCUAUCGUUGCUUACCUGAAGAGCCUGAGGAAUAUACUUGAUAAGCUGCAUGAGUACAAAUGGCCGGCAGAUGGUGAUGGGCAGUACUACUACUUGACUUCACAAAUAGCACAUUUUCUUGGGAUAGAAUCACUUCAAGAGAAACAUCCAAAAAUUGAAUUCCAUGUACUUCAAGAAGAUGAAAAAUCAUUUUUGCUUGAAAAUGGGUUUCUUGACUCAGCACAGAAAGAUCAAGAAAUUUGGUCCAUUUGCUCAGAAGAUGCUACACAACUUGUUCUAGACCACUAUCCAGAUAAAUACCAGGAUUUUAUCCAGAUCUCUCACAAGAGAGAGAAAUACAAGCUUCUUAAGAAGUCAGAGGAAGAGAAGGAAGCUCAAGAGAGUCGCAAGAUACCUAAUUCAAUGCGAAGAGCUCUGAAAAAUGCUGUAGACUUCAACUCACAACUGGCACUUCAGCGUAAAGAAGAGAGGCAGUCUUAUUUUGACAUGCAAACACAGAUAAUCCAUGUGCCUUGUAAUAGGAGUGCCAAGUUACCACAGCACCUGACCCAGCCCAGUAUGUACCCUGUCUCCCUUCUGCCAGGGCAAUAUCAGGAGCAUUAUAAAAGAUACCUGCCUUCAGAACUGCGACAGCUUCCACUUGGCACAGCUCUGGACAGAGUUCUUGAGAGAAUGACCAUGAACUUCCCUCAAAGGGCCGAGACAGACUCAUCUGAGCUGUCCACAUCUUCCUCUUCUUCAUCUUCAUCUGGAGAUGAUAGCGAUGAUAGUAAUGACAGUGAUGACAGUGAAGAUAGUAAAUCUGGUAGUGAUAUGGAGCAAGAUGGACGCCUAGAGCCUCCAGCCAAGAAAAAGACUCCAGCAUUUAAGCCCCCAUUUCGCCCUGAUGCACUCUGUGGAAUAUGUUUGAUGGGAAGCGAAUCAAACAAGAAGGGCUUGCCGGAAGAGAUGAUUCACUGCUCUCACUGUGAAAAUAGUGGUCACCCCUCCUGUCUUGACAUGAACCAACACUUGGUCAAGGUGAUCGAGACCUAUCCGUGGCAGUGCAUGGAGUGCAAGACAUGCACUUUGUGCAGGGAUCCAUUUGACGAGGACAAAAUGUUGUUCUGUGAUGAGUGUGAUAGGGGCUACCAUAGCUUCUGUGUAGGCCUCAAACAGAUACCAGUAGGUCGCUGGACAUGUGAACUUUGUGGUGUUUGUGCAUCCUGUUUGAGACGAACGCCAGGUGAAGAGCCCAACUGCCGAUGGAAAAGCGAGUACACACGACCUCGUCAUGGAGAAGAGGCCCAGUUUCUGCAGACCCUAUGCACUCCAUGUUCAAGACUAUUCCGGUCCGGUAACUUCUGCCCAGUCUGCCUCAAGGUGUACCGUAACGACGAGUCGGACAUGCCGAUGGUGUGCUGUGACGAAUGUGACCGCUGGGUUCAUACAGAUUGCGAAGGUAUCGACGACUCCAAAUACGCCGAGCUGUCAAAAGAGAAGACUAAGUACCGCUGCGCACUGUGUCGAGGCGAGAAGGAAGAGCGUAUGGACUCGUUUGCGCGAAAGAACCGGGACAAACCCGAGAACACCUGAGCACGUGCGUGACUACAUGGAGUAUUGCGUGACUAGAUGGAGUAUUGCGUGACUAGAUGGGGUAUUGCGUGACGACUGCAUGUGCAGUGUAACGCGAAUAAAGCGAAAUGCCCUCGUCGUGACAUGUGCGUGACCAGAAAAGCUAGAUCGGAGCGAUAAGUUACUCAUACGCGUAGAGCCCGUGUACAGCGCUAUACCACGUGACCGAGCGCCUAUGCGUGACGUGAACUAGGUUACGUGACUGAGCCAUAUGCGUGACCAACAUAAUACAUUGAUUGGUAGAGCCACUAGCAGGUUGCUGUGCAGUUAAACAUAAAUCUCUUUUAUUCCCUUUUGAUCUCAUCCAUGUGACUCUAAUUUUGUCUAUAAAAAAAAUAAAUCCUGUUACCCAUG